CAUGCUUAUCAUUUUUGGAGCUAUGCUAGCAUUAGCUAGCUAGGUUAAGGCUAUAUUAUUUGCAGACAUGAUGGAAAACACUGAGGGAAUGGAGGUGGAGGGAUGGGACUCCAAUCUGGAGGAAGAGCUGGGGAUUUCUCUGGAUGAGCUGAAGAAGUGGAUUGAUGAGGCUGUGGAGCAGAGUGAGAUUGUCCAGAAGAAAAAGGCUCAGCUGACAGAGCUCAAAGAAUGGGUGGAGCAAAAAGAAGAAGAGGAGGCGAAGACGAACCUGCUCCUCAACGAUGCCAACAAGUCUAUAUUGGAGUGUGAAAAGCUUGUGAGGGAAACUUACCAGAAAAACGGUCUUGUUUACCGAGAGAGCAGCUCAGAGGAUGAGGGCGGCGGAGGAGGCGUGUUGUCCUCUGAGGUCAUCGAGAUAGACGACGAUGAUGACGAUGACGUCAUCGCUGUUGGCUGUGUGGUUCUUCCAAAGAAGCCUGUUACUCCCGGCAAAGAUCCAGUGUUAAAAGAAGCGCUACAGAAAACCACCCAGCAGGUGCAGAAGUUGGUCCAAAUGGUCAACAAGCCGUCACCAGCUGCUCCAAUGCUCCGAUCUCCGUUACAGCCUGCCUCCCAGUCAGUGCCAGCAGUGUUUGUAUCCCAGGUUCCCUCUCAGUCCAUGACCCAGCCCAACCCAAACGUGACAGAAGACGAGCUCCGAGUCGGGAUGACCAUUCUGGGAAAGAAACGCACCAAGACCUGGCACAGAGGGGCCCUCGUUGCCAUCAGCCCUGUUGGCAAUGGUAUAUUCAAGUAUAAAGUGAAGUUUGAUAAAGGAAAGAGUCUGCUGUCUGGGAAUCAUGUGGCUUUCGAGUAUAACCCCACACUGGAGAUUCUGUACGUUGGUGCUCGCGUAGUCGCAAAGUACAAGGAUGGAAACCUGGUGUGGCUCUACGCUGGAAUAGUAGCAGAGAUGCCCAACAACAAGAACCGUAUGAGAUUUUUGAUUUUCUUUGAUGAUGGCUAUGCUUCAUAUGUCACACUACCUGAGCUCCACCCAGUUUGCCGACCAUUAAAACGAACCUGGGAGGACAUAGAGGAUGCAUCAUGUCGAGACUUCAUCGAGGAGUACAUCACUGCAUAUCCCAGCAGGCCCAUGGUGCUCCUCAAGGUUGGACAGAUUAUCAAGACGGAGUGGGAGGGAACCUGGUGGAAGAGCAAAGUGGAGGAGGUGGACGGAAGCUUGGUCAAGAUCCUCUUCUUGGAUGACAAGAGGAGCGAGUGGAUCUAUCGAGGCUCGACCAGGUUGGAGCCAAUGUUCAACCUGAAGAUGACCACGGCCAACACGCAGGAGAAGAAGCUGGCUGGCCAGCAGCGGACACGACCUAACAUGGGGGCGUUGAGAAGUAAAGGCCCAGUGGUCCAAUACACCAGUGAUGGACAUGUUGGAGCCUCUCCCGCCAAAUCGCCGCAGGCCUCACCCAGCCAGCCUCCACAGGCUCCACAACUUCAACAGCGUUCUCCACAGCCCCAACAACUCCAACAGCUCCAACAGCUCCAACAGCCCCAACAGCUGCAACAACCCCAACAGCUCCAACAGCUCCAACAACCCCAACAGCUACAACAGCUCCAACAGCUCCAACACAGCCUUCAGCCCCUUCAGCCUCCUCAGCCUCCGCGUGUCGACAAUAAACAUCAGAUGGCAAAGAAGAGUACUUCUCCUUUUGUCCCUGGUGUGGGAGGCACUCACGCCUCCAGAGUCAUGCAAUCUCUUUCCUCCAGUCCCAGCAGCCUCCCUGGAGGAAGAAUUUUGAAUGUCCAAAGCACUGUUGCGCCCGCUUUCACACAGUCUUAUCAGAGACUGCCCACUAUGGCUCCCGCCCCCCCUCCUAUUGCCCACACAAUGGCCACCAUCCCACAUCAGCCCUCAUACCGGGCCCCGACGGACCGUAUCUUCUACCUGGCACACACCUGUCAGCCUGCCUGUCUGAAUCGAGUCCGACCUGCAAAUUCAGACAUGCACCGAGGAAAGAACCCCCUCCUCACACCUUUACUGUACGAUUUCAGACGCAUGACGGGACGACGCAAAGUCAACCGCAAGAUGUCCUUCCACGUGAUCUACAAGGCUCCCUGUGGGCUUUGCCUGCGUAACAUGGCAGAGAUCCAGCACUACCUCUUCCAGACGCGCUGUGACUUUAUAUUCUUAGAAAUGUUUUGUCUCGACCCCUACGUGCUCGUGGACCGGCCCUUCCAGCCACAGAGGCCGUUCUACUACAUUCCCGACAUCACUGCUGGAAACGAGGACAUCCCACUCUCCUGUGUCAACGAGAUCGACUCCACCCCGCCUCCUAAAGUAGCUUAUAGCAAAGAGCGUAUCCCUGAAGAUGGAGUAUACAUCAACACCAGUCCUGAGUUCUUGGUUGGCUGUGAUUGUACUGACGGCUGUCGAGACAAGUCCAAAUGCUCCUGCCACCAGCUGACCCUUCAGGCUACAGGCUGCACACCGGGAGGGCAGAUCAACACCAAUGCUGGAUUUUUGCACAAACGAUUAGAGGAGUGCCUCCCCACAGGGAUCUAUGAGUGUAAUAAGCGGUGCAAAUGUUGUGCCGAGAUGUGCACAAACCGGCUGGUGCAGCACGGCCUGCAGGUGCGUCUCCAGCUCUUCAAGACCCAGAACAAAGGCUGGGGCAUCCGCUGUCUGGACGACGUGGCCAAGGGCUCUUUUGUCUGCAUCUAUGCUGGUAAAAUCCUAACAGACGACUUUGCCGACAAAGAAGGUCUAGAGAUGGGCGACGAGUACUUUGCUAAUCUGGAUCAUAUAGAGAGUGUGGAGAACUUCAAGGAGGGCUAUGAGAGCGAGGCUCACUGUUCGGACAGCGAGGGGAGCGGCGUGGACAUGUCGAGGCUAAAAAUGCAACCAUCAGCUUUAUUAUCCUCUAACCCUGUGGGGAGACCGCCAAAAAAAAGUGAGUCCAGGUCCAAAGCUCAAAGCCCGAGCUCAUCGGGAGACAGCAACGAGGACGACGACAAGGAUUCAAAGAGCGAAGAUGAAAGCGACAGUUCAGACGACACGUUUGUGAAGGAUACCUACUUCAACUCGAGCUCGGUGUGGAGGAGCUACACCACACGCGGUCAGGUCAAAGGCAACAAGGAAGGGAGUCAAGACAGCAAAGAUGGAUUAAACAUGUCAGCCAAAGGAGCGGCUGACUCGAAGCCGCUGUCAAUGCCGGAGGAGAUGGGGAAAAACAAAGUGGCUUCGUGGCUCACCAGCCAAGGAAUGAAGAAGGCGAAUGAAUCCGGAGACGGCAAGAGUCAAGUGAAGUCAGAAACGGGGAAAAAACAGGAUGUGAUGACUCUCUCUGACAGCGACGACGUUCAGACCAUCAGCUCUGGAUCUGACGACAACAAGGAGAGAGAGAAAGUCACCCCGGGUGUUACUAAAAAGCAGGUAGCGGUGAAAUCUACACGUGGCAUCGCCCUGAAGAGCGGCCACGGGAUGAUGGUCAAAACUGGGGCAGCUGGAGGCGGGGGAGGGCACGGAGGUCAAGGAGGGAAGACGGGACAGCAGGGACAGACUGGAGGAGGCGGGGACAGCACUCACAAAAACACCCGCCUGUUCUUUGAUGGAGAAGAGUCCUGCUACAUCAUUGAUGCCAAGUUGGAAGGAAACCUCGGGCGUUACCUUAAUCACAGCUGUAGUCCAAACCUUUUCGUCCAGAAUGUGUUCGUGGACACACAUGACUUAAGGUUUCCCUGGGUGGCGUUCUUUGCCAGCAAGCGGAUCCGGGCGGGAACAGAGCUCACCUGGGACUAUAACUAUGAGGUGGGCAGCGUGGAGGGGAAGGUGCUGCUGUGCUGCUGCGGCUCCACUGAGUGCAGAGGGAGACUGCUGUGAUCUGCAGACGCCGCUCCAUCUGUAGGACUCUGAGAAGAACCCUUUCAUUAUUGACUGUGUUGUUUUUUUUAAGUUGAUUUAUGAAUUUUAUUACAGCUGUUUUGUUGCCUUUAUUUUAUAUGAACGUGUUACCUGAUUUGUGUCAUUUAUUCCAUGACGUUUUACUU